AUGUCAUUAAGUAGUCAAGAAGAUUUAUCAAUAAAAAAAUAUUCUCAAAUUGGUUGUUUAAUAUUAAAAUCAGAUAAAAAAUUUAUUGUUAAUAAUAUUCAAGAAAAUUCUCUUUUAUCUUAUCAAACAUUCUCUAGUUCACAUAUGACAAUUGAAUUAUGUUUUCGUCUUUGUCGACGGUGGACUAUAUUAAUGUUUAAUAAUCAAACAAAUUGUAUUUGUUUAUAUACAAUUAAUGAACCAUAUGAAUUCAAUGAAUAUCUAGGUGAAUUUUUACCAAUUAAUAAUUGUACAUCAAAUGAUAUAAAAAUUUAUUCUUUAACUAAUGAUCUUUAUAUAUUGCCCACGUUAUUAUCAUCAACAAGCGAUGAUUGGUCAUUAGAUGGUUGUUAUUAUUUAUAUGGUAUUCAGACAAUUCGUGUUGAUCUAUGGUUAAGUGAUGUUGAUUAUAUUCAAGCUAUGGAUUUAUGUCAAAAACAUUGUCGAAAAAAUCGUCGUACAAAUUAUUUUUCAUUUUUUUUAUCACGUAAAAAAUCUUGUUAUUGUGUACCUGUUAAAAUUUCUCAAACAAUUAAACCCAUUGCAUUACGAAAACCAUUAAUACAUUGUUCAUUUCUUCCAUAUAUAUGUCAUGGAUUUUCAAAUUUAUGUGAAAAAUAUUAUUCAAAAACAAAUAUUGAUACUUUAAUUAAAAUUGAUGUUCAACAUUAUUGUUCGACAUUAAAUUCAAUUUCAUUUGUUUUCGAUAGAACAUUUUAUAUGUGUUUUACAUCUAUUUUACUUCAAACAGAAAUGGAUUUUUCAAUAACAAGUAAUGAACACAAAUGUUUACCAUUAGUUAUAAAAACAUAUGAACAAUGGAAUUAUUUAAUUGAAUCAUCAUGGAUAACACAUAUAAAAACAUUUAUUUGGAUUAAUCACAAUUCAACAUAUAUAUUUGAUGAUUUAUUAAAAUCUGAAAAUCUAACAUCAUUGUCAAAUAAUUUUUGUAUGAUUAUUAUUCGAACAGAAUCAAAUAAUAUUUCAUAUGAACUGAUUCAAUGUAAUGCUGUACAGUUACCUGGUUAUAUUUUAUGUGCACAAAAACCUUUUGAAUCAGCAAUUUCAUAUGAAGAAGAAUUUAAAAUGACAAAUAAUGAAUCAGAAUUAAUCGUUGAUGAAAUAUUAUCAUGUCCAUCAGAAUUUGUUUUAUUUAAUAAAAUAUGUUAUUAUGUUCAUUCAUCAUUUAUUUAUAAUAUUCGAUCAGGUGAACGUUUAUGUUAUAAUCAACAUCCAAAUAGUACGCUUGUUAAAUAUGAUUCACAUGAAUGGGGAAAUAUAAAUGCAACGAGAUUUCUUGGUCGAACAUUUGCUGAUAUUUUAAUUGAAUUUUUUUAUUAUUUAUUAGAAAAUAAAUUACUUAUUGAAUCAAUAGAUGCAUCAAAUAGAAAACAUUGGUUACGAUUACUGUUUGGUGAUAGAAAUGAUCCAAAUGAAUGUGUUUUACGUUAUUUUGCUCGUUUAACAGGUUCAUUUACAACUUUUUAUCAUUGUAACAAUGGUGGUCAUCCUGUUUGUCAAUGUGAACCGAUUCGAACAAUAAUACCAAAAAUAAUACCGAUUGAUGAAACAAUAUCUCAUAUAAGAAAUUCACAAACCGAAAACAAAACUGAAUCAAUUGAUAUAACUUCAACAACACAAAUAAUUGUUAUAAAUUCAACAGAUAUGUUAAUUUUAUCAAAUGAAACAAGUUUAUCAUUAUGUAAAAAUUGCACAACAAAUACUCUAGCUAAUGAAAGUCUGGUUAAUAAUAAUCAUACUGAAAUUAAUUCUACAUCUUAUAAUGAUGCAUUGCUAGGAAUUCCUGAUGGACAAUUUAAAAUGAACUAUUCAAACUAUCAACCAUUGAUAGUCAUUCUUACGGGUCCAAUUUUAGCAUUUGCUAUACUAAUAGUAGGAAUCGCUUUACUUAUUCAUCAUGUUCGCGGAACACAUGAAUCAUUUUCAACUAAUAGUAGUAUAGUAGGUACUCGUCGAACAAAACGUUCAUCUACUAUGAUGACUACAAAUGAUUUUCCAAGUACAUCGGGAGCUCUCUAUGCUCGUUUCAAGCCUUCAGGACUACCAUUUUCAGAAAUUGAUACGUUUAUUCCUGUAGAUAAUUCAACACCAAAUGAAUAUAAUAUGGAACUUUUACCUACACUUAAAGUGCAAGUAACAGAUGGUGAAAAUAAAAUCAAAGAAGAUGAUGAAGAAUUCUUCUAUGCUACAUUAAAGUGA